AUGAAUAAAGCUAUUUCAAUAGUAAAUAAAUUAAAAAAUGUUUUAAAAAGAAAAAAUAACAACCCAAAUCCGUCAUCGGUUUUUAAAAAUUUUAAAAUGCAACGUAUAUAUUCAAAUGAAAAAAUAAAUAAGAAAGAACAUUAUAUUUAUUUUAGGGAACAUGAUAUAAAAGAAGACUUUGAUUACACACAUGUAAUAAAAACUAGAAAUCUAUUUAAACCUCGAAGACAAUACAAACAUGCAUUUUUAUUUAUUUCAAUGGGUUCUAUUGUUACCAUAAUCUUAUCCGUAUUCUUUUUAACAUCAAAAUGGAACAAUAAUAAUUAUUAUUAA